AUGAUGGAACCAGUUUGGCCAGUGUUGAAGAGAAAAGGUAGAGGGAGGGACAGAGGAUUGGAUACCAGUGCCUGUAGUGUGAAUGGAGUUCAGAUUCAGGCGGAGCCACUGAAGCACAAGGAACGGACAGAGACUUACAAAGUUAUAGAAUCUCUCCUGUAGAAGUGACCCAGACCCCAGUGAGGCCACCUCAGACCCCCAGAGGGCCACAGUGACUGUAAGCCUCCAAACACACAGAUGGAACAAGACCAGGUAGGUGGAUUUACUCCAUUCUAUAACUCAUCAGACAUGUCCAUUUGGUAACAUUUACCUAUUUACUUGGUAGGAAAAACUCUUAGGUUUGAAACAAAACAUUGUCAGGUUUAGUUUUUACCUGAUGUCCCUGCAUGUUUGAUAUACACUACAUCGCCUUCAAAUUAGUGGAUUCGGCUAUUUCAGCCACACCCGUUGCUGACAGGUGUAUAAAAUCAAGCACACAGCCAUGCAAUCUCCAUAGCCAAACAUUGGCAGUAGAAUGGCCUGUACUAAAGAGCUCAGUUACUUUUAACGUGGCACUGUCACAUGAUGCCACCUUUCCAACAGGUCAGCUCGUCAAAUGUCUGCCCUGCUAGAGCUGCCCCAGUCAACUGUAAGCGCUGUUAUUGUGAAGUGGAAACAUCUAGGAGCAACAACAGCCACACAUGCUCACAGAACGGGACCUCCGAGUGCUGAAGCACGUAGCGUGUAAAAAUCGUCUGUCCUCGGUUGCAACACUCACUACCGAGUUCCAAACUGCCUCUGGAAGCAACAUCAUCACAAUAACUGCUUGUCAGGAGCUAAAUGAAAUGGGUUUCCAUGGCCGAGCAGCCACACACAAUCCUAAGAUCUACAUGCGCAAUGCCAAGCGUCGGCUGGUGUGGUGUAAAGCUCGCCGCCAUUGGACUCUGGAGCAGUGGAAACGCGUUCUCUGGAGUGAUGAAUCAAGGUUCAACAUCUGGCAGUCCGAUAGGCGAAUCUGGGUUUGGUGUAUAACAGGAGAACACUACCUGCCCCAAUACAUAGUGCCAACUGUAAAGUUUGGUGGAGAAGGAAUAAUGGUCUGGGGCUGUUUUUCAUGGUUCGGGCUAGGCCCCUUAGUUCAAGUGAAGGGAAAUCUUAACGCUACAGCAUACAGUGACAUUCUAGACGGUUCUGUGCUUCCAACUUUGUGGCAACAGUUUGAGGAAGGCCCUUUCCUGUUUCAGCAUGACAAUGCCCCCGUGCACAAGGCGAGGUCCAUACAGAAAUGUUGUUUGUCGAGAUCAGUGCGGAAGAACUUGACUGGCCUGCACAGAGCCCUGACGUCAACUCCAUCAAACACCUUUGGGAUGAAUAGGAACGCCGACUGUGAGUCAGGCCUAAUCGCCCAACAUCAGUGCCCGACCUCACUAAUGCUCUUGUGGCUUAAUGGAAGCAAGUCCCCGCAGCAAUGUUCCAACAUCUAGUGGAAAGCCUUCCCAGAAGAGUGGAGACUGUUAUAGCAGCAAAGAGGGGACCAACUCCAUAUCAAUGGCCAUGAUUUUGGAAUUAGAUGUUCGACGAGCAGGUGUCCACAUUCUUGUGGUCAUGUAGUGGACAUUUCUUAUUUAAAUGUGUGGUUAGUGGACAAUUGAGGCAUUUCCAUUUGUAUUUUAUGGAAUUGGAUCCUGUCUUUCAAUUGUUGCUAGCAAAUUCAAUUGUGUUUCACUGAUCAGUAAUUUGCCAUUCUGGAUUGGGUCCACUGAGUAGAUUUUCUCUCACUAGGGUCAAUGUAUUGGUGCAAUCACUUCUCAGCGUUGCCCACAUUACUCAUAGCAACACGUGACACUGAUGGGUGUGUGUGUUAGAAUAUUUCGAAAAACAUGUCAUUCACUUAUAAACACACCUCCCAUAUCAAUGUUUGUCAUAUACCACACCUGUAGCCUACAGUUUUUGUUAAUCAGUUGUGUUGUUUGAACUUGAGGAACUUUAUCAGCAACAUCAGAUAAACAUUUUAUCAAAAGAGUAGGUUUCUUCCUCAUCAAGAAGAGGAAACGAUUUUAGGUAAACAUUUCUGGUAACUGGCUUCAGACAAUUGCUCAUGAGAACUGAAACAAUAAAAUGACAAUAUUUCUAUUAAUAGCAGAUAGAUUUAUAAGACAUCAAAUCAGUUGAGAAAUAGGAACUAUUAGUGAUACAAUGAAACUGGUGUCAUAAUAACAAUUCUAAGAAACAUUCAGCUAUUUUUAGAGAUAAGAACAAGUACAUCCUUGGGGAACUUGUUUUCCUUCCUGGUGUUUAGCUGUUGACGUAUCCAGACCUAUAAUCACAUGUUGGGUCAUGGGGCAUACCUGUCUGUUUGUGAUUGCCUAAGUGUCCAUCAGGCAUGUGAAUAGCAAAAAAAACAAAGGAACCUCACUGAGGAGACACUGGAGGUCCACAGGACCAUCCAGUCUAGUAUGGUUUGGUAAUGGAUGCUCCUUUUUUUGUCCACUGUACAAUAUGUCCUGUUUUUAUAGGUUUGAUCAGUUGUGUCUGUAUGUGUUAGGCUGGUGUAGGAUUCAGACUAGAGCUAAGCUUCAGAUAUACAUAUCAUAUGCCUGCCUGUGUUUAGAAGUUGAUCAGGUACAUAGCCUACUAAUGCCAAUGAGAACCCACCUGACUCUCCUCGUCCUUCUCCCCUCAGAACAGUGACUGCCCACCCCCAUACUACUCAGUAGUAGUGCCCACCCAGCCCCCUCCUCAAUAUGGAGACGUGGUGGGGGCCAGAGGGAUGUCUGAUCCCCCCUCCGAACCUUACUACAUCCCCCAGCCUAUGGCACAUGUCGUCCAUGUUUCCCAGGACGCCCGUAAGUUCCUAGUGUUCCCUUCUACUUCCUCAAUCCUUGAUAAACAGUACAUUCCUUCCCCUAUUUAUUUCUAUGAGAGGGCACCAUCUCUCUCUCUCUCUCUCUCUCUCUCUCUCUCUCUCACUCUCUCUCUAUCUAUCUCUAUCUAUCUCUGUAAUGCAAAUCUCUCUUUCUAUAACCCAAACAUUUCUCUUUCUUAAGCCUUUUUGCCUCCCAACUUUAACAAACUCUAAACUGAAACAUUUUCCUGGUCUCCCCUUGCAGCCCCUCGUCGUAAAAAGGGCCUAUCAUGUGGGAACAGAUCCCGCUGUUUCGGAGGAUCAGGAGGAACCACCCUACUGCUGGCUCUCCUCGCUAUCGCUAUCUGGCUGGGAGGUAACCCAACCAAUUACUUAUAGAGAACCCAUACAGUACAACAUUAAACUAUAUGGACAUAAUGUAAUACAAUAUAACAUAAUGUAACAUGGACAUAAUGUAACAAUAAAAUAUAUGCGAAUUUAUGACAAUCAUAAAUUCCAUAUUUAGGGUAUCAUGUGAAUGUAAUAUACAGGAUAUGAUAUUGCAUUGUGUUGGUAUGUAUUAAGUAUCACCAUGGGGGCUUCCAUGGCUCUGGAUAUCCUUUUACCAGUUCUCUUUGACCUAUGACCUCUGUCUAGUGCGUUAUGGCCCAUCCCUGGUGUCUGGCUCCCUGAGCAGCAGUGAAGCCUAUCGGCCCAGCGAGAUGGAGAAAGACAGUUGCCCCUCCAACACCGUGGAGUGUGACGGUCGACAGGACUGCAAACUGGGAAGUGAUGAGACCAAUUGUGGUCAGUACCCCUGUCGCUACACCAAUUUUUUUGGUCACAAACAAAAAGAGAAGCAACACACUGGGCACACCACGUCAUUUCAACGUGGAAAUGUGGGUAAUAUUUGGUUGAGACGUUGAUCGAUGAGAUUUCAACCUUUAUUCACCCACUCAGGCAGAAGUUUGUUGAAUUCCCAAUGUUAUAUCACUAUGCUUUCAACCAUCUAAAAGCACAACCAAAUUCCAAUGGAAAUGUUUGGUUUAGUCAGAUUUUAGGUUAAGUUGUCAUCUAAAUGUUUUAUCACUGCGCUUUCAACAAUUUAAAAGCACAGCAAAGUUCAAAUGGGAAUACCAGUCAGAUAUUUUGUAUUUAAACAACAGACUAAUGUGUUAUCACUGUGCUUCAUCAAAUAGCACAACCAAAUUACCUGGGUUGUAGUUGAUCAAUGCUGUUCAAGAAUCUGCAUAGAUUAGUACAGCAAUUGUGAAGAUCUCCACAGAGCUGCAACAUUUGCAUGUUAGCGUGAACAUGUAUACUUUCUAUGAUCACAUAAAAAUACAUUUAUAGUUACAGUAGGCUAACCUCAAAAUGUGGCCAUGGAUGUGUUACUCAUUUUAAGGUUGAAUAAAUACUGUUACAUUGAUUUGUAAGAUAUUCUUAACUUUAGACCAUUCUUAAAAAAUAUUAUUCAAUUGUGUUUGGUUGACAACGUGACCAAAUAUUAACAUUUAAGGGAUAUCUAAUGCUUGGAUAGUUUCAUCUGAGCCACUGGCUUAAUCCUAUUCUUUAACUUUUAUUUUUGGUUUAGUUGGAGACGUGAAUCCAACAUAUAUUUGUUAACUUGUCGGCUAUUUACUGUAUUGCAAAAAGGAUAUUGAAUUGUGUUUGGUUGUCAACAAAUUCCAGUUUGUACAAAUUAAUAAUUUAUAUGUUCGAUUUAUGUCUCCAUCUCAACCAAGAAUCAAAGUUAAAGAAUAGGACUAAAUCAAAUCAAACUUUAUUUAAAGUGCAUUUCAAGUUUGAUUUGAUUUAGUACUAUUCUUUAACUUAGAUUUUUGGUUCAGAUGGAGAUGUGAAUCCAACAUAUAAAUUAUUAAUAUGUAGACAAACUAUAAUUAAAGCCAGACUAAGUCAGUGGCACAGAUGGAACUAUCCAAAUGUCGAUAUUUGGUUGCGUUGACAACUAAACACAAUUCAAUAUCCAGUGUGUCUACAAAUUACUAAUUGAUAUGUUGGAUUCACGUCGCUAUUUCAAACAAAAAUCAAAGUUAAAGAAUAGGACUAAAUCUAAUCUAAUCAAACUUUAAAUGCACUUUGAAUAUUUUUUAUUUUAUUUAGACCUAUUCUUUAACUUUGAUUUUUGGUUGAGCUGGAGAAGUGAAUCCAACAUAUUAAUGAUUAACUUGGAGAUUACAUUUGAAAUCAACCAAAGCUUGAAACCCUAGGCCUAUAUGUAUUGUCUAUUUUUAGUUGAACCCUGGGUUGAAUUGAAACAAUAGCUGAUGAUGACUUUGCAAAUGCUAUUAAGGCCUACAUAGUAUCAUUGAUGAUAUUUGACUUAUAAAGUAUGGUUACAUUUAAUUUGUACUGUUAAAUCUACUCUCUGGAAUGACUUCGAUAGCAACAGUGAAUAUAAUCAUUCUCAGGAUAGCACAUUGGUAGUAGUCAGUGAUAUACAAGCUAAGCUGGGCUUGGUUAAAACCCUGGAUGGGAGACCAACUGAAUAGCUGUAUAUGAACUCUCCAGUAGAAGGUGCUGCCCAGCCUCUGAAGGCACUGAUAUACAGUAUAUCAGUGCCUUCAGAAAGUAUUCAUACCCCUUGACUUAUAAUAUUUUUUGUUGUUUUACAGGCUGAAUUGAAAGUGGAUUAAAUCUAUUUUCUCUCACCCAUCUACACACAAUACCCCAUAAUGACAAAGUGAAAACAUAUUUUUAGUAAUUUUUGAAAAAAAUUUGAAAAUGAAAUACAGAAAUAUCUAAUUAAUAUAAGUAUUCACACCCCUCACUCAAUACAUGUUAGAAGGUGAAUUUGUCUCCCAGUGUCUGUUGGAAAGCAGACUGAAACAGGUUUUCCUUUAGGAUUUUGCCUGUGCUUAGCUCCAUUCCAUUUAUUUUUAUCCUAAAAAACGUCCUAGUCCUUGCCGAUGACAAGCAUAACCAUAACAUGAUGCAGCCACCACAUUGCUUGAAAAUAUGAAGAGUGGUACUCAGUGAUGUGUUGGGUUGGAUUUGCCCCAAACAUAACAUAUAUUCAGGACGUAAUGUUAAUUUCUUUGCCACAUUUUGCAGUUUUACUUUAGUGCCUUAUUGCAAACAGGAUGCAUGUUUUGGAAUAUUUGUAUUCUGUACAGGCUUCCUUCUUAUCACUCUGUCAUUUAGGUUAGUAUUGUGGAGUAACACCAAUGUUGUUUAUCCAUCCUCAGUUUUCGCCUAUCACAGCCAUUAAACUCUGUAACUGUUUUAAGGUCACCAUUGACCUCAUGGUGAAAUCCCUGAGCGGUUUCCUUCCCCUCCGGCAACUGAAUUAGGAAGGACAUCUGUAUCUUUAUAGUGACUCUGUGUAUUGAUACACCACCCAAAGUGUAAUUAAUAUCUUCACCAUGCUCAAAGGGAUAUUUCAUAUAUUUUUGUUUUACCCAUCUACUAAUAGGAGCCCUUCUUUGCGAGGCAUUGGAAAACCUCCCUGGCCCUUGUGGUUGAAUCUGUGUUUGGAAUUCACUGCUCGACUGAGGGGUCUUACAGAUAAUUGUGUGUGUGGGGUACAGAGAUGAGGUAGUCAUUCAAAAAUCAUGUUAAAACACUAUUAUUGCCCACAGAGUGAGUCCACUUGUUAAGCACAUUUUUAGUCCUAAACUUAUUUAGGCUUGCUAUAACAAAGGGGUUGAAUAGUUCUUUUUCAUUAAAAAAAAAAUAUUACAAAUAGAAAUCUACUUCGACAUUAUGGGGUAUUGUGUCUAGGCCAGUGACACAUCUCAAUUUAAUCUAUUUUAAAUUCAGGCUGUAACACAACAAAAUGUGGAAAAAGUCAAGGAGUGUGAAUACUUUCUGAAGGUAAAGUAUAUUGAAGACCUGAUGUUGUUUCAAAGGUACAAAUUCUACGUAUUUUAUACAAGGUUUGUCUAUGUUGAAAAAUGGUUACAAUGAUAUAAUCCUGUGGUUGAAAUUUCCCCCUUAAAACAACAGUUUACAUUGAUGAUUUCUUUUAAACCCUAUGUAUUUUCCACGUAGAUUCCAUUAUGUUAAAACAACGUUGAUUCAAUCAGUUUGUGCCCAGCGGGAACCUUUCUAGAUGUGUAAUGGAUUUGUAAUGUUCUAACUGAGUGAUGUAUCUGUGUGAUCCUGUGAGGUUCUAACUGCUAAGUGAUUUAUUUGUGUGGUUCAGUGAUGUUCUAAUUGAGUGAUAUAUCUGUGUAUCAUCCAGUAAGGUUCAGGUCAAAUGGGGCUCUCCAGGUGAAGACGAACGGCACUGGUAAUUUCCUCCCUGUGUGUUACAGUGGCUGGAACAAGAGCCUGGCUGACCAGACCUGUGCUCAACUAGGCUUCAGAGUGUAAGAUCUUCCCCUCUUUUGCUACCCUCUUGUGGUCGAAAGGCUGAACUGUGCAAACCUGUGCAACCAUACAGUGAGGGGAAAAAAGUAUUUGAUCCCCUGCUAAUUUUCUACGUUUGCCCACUGACAAAGACAUGAUCAGUCUAUAAUUUUAAUGGUAGGUUUAUUUGAACAGUGAGAGACAGAAUGACAACAACAAAUUCCAGAAAAACGCAUGUAAAAAAUGUUAUGAGGGAAAUAAGUAUUUGACCCCUCUGCAAAACAUGACUUAGUACUUGGUGGCAAAACCCUUGUUGGCAAUCACAGAGGUUAGACGUUUCUUGUAGUUGGCCACCAGGUUUGCACACAUCUCAGGAGGGAUAUUGUCCCACUCCUCUUUGCAGAUCUUCUCCAAGUCAUUAAGGUUUCGAGGCUGACGUUUGGCAACUCAAACCUUCAGCUCCCUCCACAGAUUUUCUAUGGGAUUAAGGUCUGGAGACUGGCUAGGCCACUCCAGGACCUUAUGUGCUUCUUCUUGAGCCACUCCUUUGUUGCCUUGGCCGUGUGUUUUGGGUCAUCGUCAUGCUGGAAUACCCAUCCACGACCCAUUUUCAAUGCCCUGGCUGAUGGAAGGAGGUUCUCACUCAAGAUUUGACGGUACAUGGCACCGUCCAUCGUCCCUUUGAUGCGGUGAAGUUGUCCUGUCCCCUUAGCAGAAAAACAACCCCAAAGCAUAAUGUUUCCACCUCCAUGUUUGACUGUGGGGAUGGUGUUCUUGGGGUCAUAGGCAGCAUUCCUCCUCCUCCAAACACGGCGAGUUGAGUUGAUGCCAAAGAGCUCCAUUUUGGUCUCAUCUGAUCACAACACUUUCACCCAGUUCUCCUCUGAAUCAUUCAGAUGUUCAUUGGCAAACUUCAGACGGGCCUGUAUAUGUGCUUUCUUGAGCAGGGGGACCUUGCGGGCGCUGCAGGAUUUCAGUCCUUCACGGCGUAGUGUGUUACCAAUUGUUUUCUUGGUGACUAUGGUCCCAGCUGCCUUGAGAUAAUUGACAAGAUCCUCCCGUGUUGUUCUGGGCUGAUUCCUCACCGUUCUCAUGAUCAUUGCAACUCCACGAGGUGAGAUCUUGCAUGGAGCCCCAGGCCGAGGGAGAUUGACAGUUAUUUUGUGUUUCUUCCAUUUGCGAAUAAUCACACCAACUGUUGUCACCUUCUCAGCAAGCUGCUUGGCGAUGGUCUUGUAGCCCAUUCCAGCCUUGUGUAGGUCUACGAUCUUGUCCUUGACAUCCUUGGAGAGCUCUUUGGUCUUGGCCAUGGUGGAGAGUUUGGAAUCUGAUUGAUUGAUUGCUUCUGUGGACAGGUGUCUUUUAUACAGGUAACAAACUGAGAUUAGGAGCACUCCCUUUAAGAGUGUGUUCCUAAUCUCAGCUCGCUACCUGUAUAAAAGACACCUGGGAGCCAGAAAUCUUUCUGAUUGAGAGGGGGUCAAAUACUUAUUUCCCUCAUUAAAAUGCAAAUCAAUUUAUAAAAUUUUGACAUACGUUUUUCUGGAUUUUUUUGUUGUUAUUCUGUCUCUCACUGUUCAAAUAAACCUACCAUUAAAAUGAUAGACUGAUCAUUUCUUUGUCAGUGGGCAAACGUACAAAAUCAGCAGGGGAUCAAAUACUUUUUUCCCUCACUGUACCUAUCAUUGGGUUUAGUGGUGUUAGCUUGUGAUGUCGGGACGUGUAUAUAAACUUCUCUCUGCAUCUAUUUAUUUAGGAGUUAUAACACUAGCAGUGUGAAAGAUGAGUCCUCUACCACUCUCACUGUGGAAGUGAAGACCUCCAACACCAUCCAGGGUAAGGUGUCAGUAAAGUAAGUACUUCUGGACACGCUCGUCAACAGCUCUUUGCAUAUUAUGCAAAGUGCCAUUUAAAUGAUUGCCCAAGAACAGGCUUAAACAUUAAGAACACCUGCUCUUUCCAUGACAUAGACUGACCAGGUAAAUCCAGGUGAAAGCUUAUUGAUGUCACCUGUUAAAUCCAUUUCAAUCAGUGUAGAUGAAGGGGAGGAGAAGUUAAAGAAGGAUUUUUAAGCCUUAAUACAAUUGAGACAUGGAUUGUGUAUGUGUGCAAGACAAAAUAUUUAAGUGCCUUUGAACGGGGUAUGGUAUUAGGUGCCAGGCGGAACGGUUUGUGUCAAGAACUGCAACGAUCAUGGGUUUUUCACGCUCAACAGUUUCCCAUGUGUAUCAAGAAUGGUCCACCACCCAAAUGACAUCUAGCCAACUUGACACAACUGUGGGAAGCAUUUGAGUCAACAUGGGCCAGCAUCCCUGUGGAACACUUUCGACACCUUGUAGAGUCCAUGCCCCGACGAAUUGAGGCUGUUCUGAGGGCAAAAGGGGGUGCAACUCAAUAUUAGGAAGGUGUUCUUAAUGUUUGGUAUACUCAGUUUUUUUUAUAUCAGACACUAAGUAAGCCUCUUCUUGGGCCAUCAAAUCAAUGCUUAUUGGUCACAUACAUGGGAUACAGAGUGUAAAGGGUACAGUGAAAUAUUUACUUGCCAGCUCUCCUCAACAGUGCAGUACACAAAUAUUCACAAAUAAGUAUUAAAAAAGUAGUUAAGAAAUGUGCAAAGUUGUAAAUAUAUACACAAUAAAAAUAGACAAUACAAACUAUGAAAUGUGUUAAAGUGAAUUGUGACAUGGUUGAGCAUCUUAAAAUAAAUAGCAUUAAAUGGUAACAGCAAUUAUGACUGUGCAUGUGUGUGGGUGUAAGAGUGUGUGAGUAGAGACCCCGCUAGCACAUAACAUUUUGAGAACCAUAUGUUUCUUAGAGUUUGGUGAGAGUGAGGUUGUCCUAUGGUUAUUUUGCAUACAACCUUCUGGGAAUGGUGCAGGAUACCCAGCUAGCACAUAACUUUCUGACAACCAUAUGUUUCUUAGGUGGGAAUUUCAGUACUUCAGCAUAACAUUUUCUGCAGGUUUCCUCAUGGUUCUAUUUGAAGUCAUGUCUCAGAACAUUAAGAAAACGUUCCAUAAAAACCACAAGAAAACAUCAGUAAUGUUCAAAGAACGUUCUAAGAAUGCUAUUUAAAAACAUGCAUUCCUUUCUUAAUAAUAAUAUGCCAUUUAGCAGACACUUUUAUCCAAAGCAACUUACAGUCAUGUGUGCAUACAUUUUUACGUAUGGGUGGUCCCGGGGAUCGAACCCACUACCCUGGCGUUACAAGCGCCAUGCUCUACCAAUUGAGCUACAGAGGACCACUUUGUUUCUUUGUUUCUUAGCGUCAACAAAACUAUUUUUAUCAUGUAUCUUGUUGUGUGUUCAGGUGUGUUGGCCUUGCCCACUAAUUGGCCACACCUGAUCUUAUUGAGCUUGUUUCCUUUAAAAUCGGGUCUGUUUGAAUAGACGAAAAUGAACAGCUUUGUAUGUGUUAAAAAAACAUGACAUGCUAGCUCCAUCCCGGUGGCGCUAGUGGACUAAUUCCACGGAUAGGGAACUGAAGAUCAUAUGUUCGAAUCUCAAUGACAAUGUGGUACAAUAAAACGCGAAUGUGUUUGCAUGAUUAAUGCCUAAGCAAAUGAAUUUCCAUGUGUCCUAUCUGUGCUUGGAGUUCAAAACAGUUAACUUAAGCUAGCAGUGUAAUUAACAGUCUUAUUGAUACAUGUUCUCAGAACGUUAUUUAAUUACCUUCAAAUAACCUAUAAUUUCGGUCAGGGAACCUAUGUCUUCAUUCCCAGAACCAAUAGGAAUCCAAAAACGUAUGUUCCUACAACUUCCAAGUAACCAAAUGUGCUAGCUGGGGAGUCUGUUUAAAUAGUAUCUUGAGGUGCAGGUGGUAAUCCGUGGCUGGGGUCUCUGGAGUCCUUGGCAAUCUGCCGGGACUUUCUCAUCAUUCACCAUGCCACUUUGCAUAUACUGUAUGUUAUGAUAAGAUACCAAAUGUAUCAAACAGAGCCAAGUAUUUCACCAUUAGAUGGAGUAAGUGAGGAAGACAAAUAAAACAUGUGAACUCAUUAGUGAACUGAUAUAAGUGUGAAUUUCUUUCUGCGUUUUGUAGCACAUCCUGCCCUAACAAGGACACUGUCUCCCUGCAGUGUAUCAGUGAGUAACUGUCUUUACAUUCUCGCAGUUAAUGCACAAAGGCAACCAGUGGUCUUUCAAGGCUGGAUAAAGAUAUUCAUAUAGCUCUCCUGAUGAACAGAGGACCAAAUACAAAUCCCCAUACCGUAUUAGCACUAUGGAUCGACUUACUCCCUCUCUCUGUCCCCAUGGUAGACUGUGGCCGGCAGCAGUUGUCCAGAAUCAUAGGGGGAUCUGCAGCGAAUCUGGGUGAUUGGCCUUGGCAGGUCAGCCUCCACUUUCAGAACUCUCACACCUGCGGGGGCACACUGAUCGCUCCUGACUUUGUGGUGACAGCAGCCCACUGCUUCCCCAGGUCAGUACAACAGACAACACCGCAGACAAUGGACAAGGAACUGUGCUGAGACAAUGUAAAGCAGAACAAUAAUGACAUUAUGAAACAGAACCUGAAACCUAACAAAGCUAAGACAAAAAAUAAUUGGGAUAUAACAGUGCAGAGACAGAACCAAAGACAGAACAGAUUUGGAACUGCCUCCCGAGUGGCGCAGUAGUCUAAGGCACUGCAUCGCAGUGCUAGCUGUGCCGCUAGAGCACCUGGUUCGAGUCCAGGCUAUGUCGCAGCCGGCCGCGACCGGGAGACCCAUGGGGCGGCGCAAAAUUGGCCCAGCAUCGUCCAGGUUAGGGGAGGGUUUGGCCGGCAUGGGUAAUCUUGUCCCUUUGCGCACUAGCGACUCCUGUGGCGGGCCGGGCGCAGUGCACGCUGCUUUCCUCUGACACAUUGGUGCGGCUGGCUUCCGGGUUAAGCAGGCAUUGUGUCAAGAAGCAGUGCGGCUCGGCUGGGUUGCGUUUCGGAGAACGCACUGCUCUCGACCUUCGCCUCUCCGGAGUUCGUACUACCAAUUGGGGAGGAAAAGGGGUAAAAACAAAGAACUGAAGUGAGCUAGCUAAGACUGAGCAGUGCGUAGGCUGAACAGUGAUCAGUGAAGACAGUGACCUAACAACUCUACUCUCUCUAGGAAGGACUCAUCGUACCUGGUGCCCAAUAACUGGCGUGUGUAUAUGGGCAUGGUUUCUCAGAAGAUGCUGCCUCGCCCUAAUAUGGUGGAGAAGAUCAUUGUCCAUGAGCGCUAUGAUGACAAUACCAACAACUAUGACAUCACCCUUCUCAAACUCACAAAGAGUGUAGACUACUCCAGUGAGUUCACCUUUAACCUAACAAUAUAUUAUAUUAUUAUUUAUACCACUAUUAGCAUCAUAACAAACAUUUCUAUGUUUGUUAUUUCAGACAACAUCCAGCCUGUGUGUCUGCCUGCCUAUGACAAGACAUUUUCUCCUGGAACAAGAUGUUGGACCUCUGGAUUUGGGACAACAGCAGAGGGGGCAGGUGAGUGACACAUGGUAUGACAGUUCGGGGGCUGAUUGGCAUUGGGAUGAACAAGCAGGAGGAAAUAUGAUAGAAAACAUGAUGCAAUCUGGUGUGAUAUUCUAUAUGGUUAUGUGUUGUUUGCUUGCUGUUCAGCUAGUGGCUCCACUAAUCUUAUGGGGGUGACUGUGGACAUCAUUGACUCCAGCGUGUGUAACAGUAACACAGCGUACAAUGGCCAGGUCUCUCAGAACAUGUUCUGUGCUGGAGACAUGAAGGGAGGCAAGGACUCCUGCCAGGUGAGUGGGACACUAUGACCCAUCAGGCAGUAGCUACUUCCACAUAGCUUCUUACUUGAAGUCCACAAAUCUUAAAUGUGUCGCUCUCUUCCUCCUUCCCUUCUCUGUUGUUUCUUCUCUCCCUCUCCCUCUCCCCCUCCCCCUACCACUCCCCCUCCCCCUCCCACUCUCCCUCCCCUAGGGGGACAGUGGUGGUCCUCUGGUGUGUAAAGACUCAGACCAGCUCUGGUACCUGGCAGGGGUGACCAGCUGGGGGGUAGGCUGCGGCAGGAGAAACAGACCGGGGGUCUAUAGUAAUGUCAGCCGCCUGCUGCCCUGGGUCUACAGUAAGAUGCAGGUAAAGAAAGGAGCUCUCAGGACCACUGGGAAGCGACAUGCUCAGGCAGAAAACCUCAGCACCGAGGUGGGAUUCAAUCAAUAAUUAAGUUCAUUUUCAUCUGUACUGCUUCAGAGGGCACUCAUAUCCAUUUUCAUCUUUUACAUACAGAAUAAUUUAGUCAAACCUUAUAACUGGUUGUCAAAAUCAAGAUUGAGAUAGGAUGGUGUUAUUAGUAUGAUGAUCCUGAACAUGUUCAUUCACUCUCCACCUACCAGCAAGCAAGACCGUGAUGUGACCACAGCUGCUGUCAUCCAAGGACGCUCAGCAUGGCUUUUGGACCUGACAAUGAGAUUGAGACUGGUGUGAAAUCUACAACACUGGCAGGGAAUGGAAGACUCUUCACUUUACGUGCCUUUAAGCCUGUAUAUGUUUUGUGUUUUGUAUUUAUUUAUUGUCGUCAGUAGCUUGUAAUAAAUAUUUUUCUAUGUGAUAUCUGCUGUCUUAUAAUGUUGACCAUGUAGACUAGGAUCCAUUUUUGCAUGUGUUUGAUCAUUGUUUCCCUGAAACAGUGUUGAGCAUAUAUUGUGCAAUAUUCUAUGAGGAAUGUAUUUUACUCACACUGCAACCUCUUAUAAAUCUAAUAACCUGUCUCUGGUUAUACCCCAGGUUCACAUAAACCUUAC